AUGAAACUCAUCAUCACAGGCGCAACUGGCUACGUCGGAAAAGAGAUCGUGUCUCAAGCUUGCAAGCAUCCGGGAUUUACGAAAGUAGUCGCAGUCUCCCGAAAACUGAUCCCCCCUCCCGAUGGCACGCCGGCGGGCAAGUUCCAGAGCGUCGUCGUCAGCGACUACGACCAGUACACAGACGAGGCCAAGAAGGAGCUCGGCGGCGCCGGCGCGUGUAUCUGGACGGUGGGGAUCAUACCCACGAAAUACAUCGAAGUCGGCCCGGAAGAAGCGAAGCGCAUCUCCCGCACAUCGACGCUCGUCGGCAUGCAAGCGCUCGCGGAAGCGUCCCCCUCCAACCCGUUCCGGUUCCUCUACAUGAGCGGGUCCGGGGCCGUCCGGGACCAAACCGUCAAAGUCGAAGGCGAAUUCGCAGACUUCUUUCUCAUGCGCGGCGACGUCGAGAACGCGGUCUUCGAUUUGGCGGGCAAGCUCGCUGGAUUUGAGGCGUGUGCGGUGAGACCGGGAUUGAUCACCGAACGCGCCAAGGUAGAAGAGUCGCGCGAGCUCGCGAUCAAGAACGGCUGGGAGAUUAUCGCCGUGGAGGAUUGUGCGGCGUCGAUGCUGCAUCUCGUCAUCAACGGAUUUGAGAAGGACUUGUUGUCAAAUGACGAGAUGGUGGCUGUUGCGGAGCAGAUCUAG